AUGUGCAAUGUGUCAGUGAGUGAUGACAUCAUCAUAAUCCCACAGCCUGCUCUUCUAGUGCCUGCUGGGCCUGCUGAUCGGUGUCAGUGUUGGUGUUCCCUGUGUGUAUGAGGGCUGGGCUGCCUGCUGUCACAACAUUUUACCUCCCCCCAUUGCCUGGCGAAUUUCAGCCUGGGAUCUGUUUAGAGUGUGGAUCCAUCAUCCUCCACUCACUGCAACUGUCACCCUGCCACUGCCAGCCACAGAUACAGUUCCUCCCUGACAUUGAUUUUGUCUUUAAUAUUGGUGCUGGUGGCAUCUUUUGGCAC